CACACUAAAGCAUGCUGUUUUCUUAAUCUUAGUGUCCUCUCCUGACAACUCAGAAUGGCUUUUUCUGGCCAGAAGGCCCUAGGUUACCCAAACUUCUUGCCCAGGAUCACUCUGAAGAAACCACAACCACUGGCCUAGCUGAGUGGUCUUCUGUGUUCCUUGGUCUGUGUCCUUCCUGGAGUCUCUGGUGUGCUGGAGGAUGUCAUGGAGCUGACAGUGACUUCACAGUUCCCCUAGUGACAACAGCAGAUGCCUGGUUUCCAUCUCUAGAGGAAGAUGUAAGGACAUGUGUGGCUCUAGUCCCAGCAUGCUGAAUGCCGUGAAAUUAGCACUGCACGACUGGCAGUGCUUUGGCCCUUGCCUCCUCACAUUCUUGAUAGCCUGGGCUGCCCUGUGUUGUUUGUUCAACUUCUCCAAAAAAUGCCAUCAGCAGGUCUCUGUCAGGAGCUGGCACAGGACAUAUUGCAUGAAUACACAGGAAUCAGGUGGUGAGGUGCACACAGGUGAGCUUGGUCUGCUCUCCCUGGAUGGCAGGCCUCUGGGCCAGUUCUUGUGUUACAGACCUGACUGUGCUCGCUGCAGCCAGGCCAUCUGGAAGAGGCUUUUGCAGCACCAUGCCAGAUGGGCCAGAAUGAAGGCAUCCCACCAUCCGCACUCCUCUUCAUCUUCAAACUCCAGAACCUCCUGCAGGGAAGAGAAUACAGCCAGCGCAUCCCAUUCCUCAGCCAGGAGGAAUCUGACCACCCAAAUUUACCUAUCCUCUGUUGAACUCUUGUGCCAGUCAGAGCUGAGAAAACAGAGGAAAAUCCAUCUUGAGCACACAGCGAGAUACCAAAAAUUGCUGACAAUGCAGGGGCCAGCUGACGCAAUCACCUUCAAUCUUGGACUUCUUAGCCAGGCCCACCAACUUGCUGAGACAGAUCCCGUGCAGCCAAUGAGAGAUGUUUGCCACUGGACUGCAUCACUCCCUACCAUGGUUUCCUCUGCUGAUCUGCCCGCUGGAGUGGAUUCUCAUUGUGUGUCAAGGCUAGAACAAGUACUGGACUUCUGGAAGCUCCUGAAGAUGCAUAUCCUGAGGAAGUCUGUAGAGACCAAGCUGAGAGCCUUCCCCACCAUUGUGCAGCAGUCACACAAGAUGUACACACACAGGACAUCAGUUUGCACAGCUAACACACCACACCACUCCAGCAUUGCCCCCAUCUACUUCUGUUCACUGGAGGCUCUGUUCCUGGAGGAAGAGGUGCAGGAGACCCUGGAGCUCCACAUCCGUGAAAAGAAACUGCACCACCAGUGGGUCUUGUCUGGGAGGCUGCCAGCAACACCUCAGGCAUAGCCAACAUCCACAUGACUACAGUGUGCUUCACUCCACAUCCAUUACUCUUCUUGGCAUCUGGGAAUGGGCACCACAUAAGAUAUCAGGUGGAAACCAACUCCUGCUGCCUGCACUGUGAAGGCAGAGGCCUCCCCAUUGAAAAUGUCCCCCUGAUUUUUCCUAUUCCCAUUAAAAAUAUUAAAGCCAUUCCUCUCAAAUCUGAGUAU